CCCUUAAAAACUUACUCAUUUAUGCCUCGAAACGAAGAAACGACUCGAGGUAAACGAUUUCGUGUCAAGAACUUGGAAAACUAGCAGGAGGAUCAUCGACUCUCGAGGCCUAGAUCUAUCAGUUGGUGGCAGGGAUGUGUGUGUCGCGUGUGAAUUCUGAUACCAGAAAAGAGGAGGAGUGACACAUGCACGACGUUGACAGGAUGAUGAGAGGCAGGGAGCCCGAGAUACAAGCUCAGUGAAGAAAGUGUCCGGGCUGUAUUUAGUGGUCAGCUGUUUGUAGUUUCCUCACCACUCUCGCCGGGCAAAACUACCCCGUCAACGAGUUCAACGCCAGACUGACCCAACAAUGCAAAUUUGUUGGUGAGAAGAGAGCAGUGGAUUGUGGGUCAGGCCUAGGAAUCUCUGAGACCCCCCCCCUCCCGUCCCCCCUUUCCCUUUAGAACGACUUCCUUGUCCUUCUCUGUUUCGACUGCUGUCCCAUCGGACCUUAGUGUCAAAGAGGCCCCCUUUACGUCCACUCCAUUUUAAAGAAGUGAAUCAAAACAGAAAGAACUAAAAGGGAUAAACCUUUCCCUCUUCCUUCCUUCCUUCCUUCCUUCCUUCACGUUCUCUUCAUCGUGAGAAGUGAAUGAUAAAAAGAAGAAAUUUUUUUAAACAAACAUCAUCGCUUCCACUGUUUCCUUUUCGGGCACCUCAUCAUAAGAAGCGAGAGACAGAAGAAGGAAAUUGGACCGAACCAUGAAGCGCGUCACAUUUCUCGCACUUCGUCUCCUGCCGCUGUUGCUGUGUGGUGCCGUAGUUGUACAGACAGCGCCCCCUCGAGGAUUGAACGGCGACGAGCAGUCAUCAUCAUCAUCGUCGUCUUCUUCUUCUUCCCUCUCCUUCCUGUCGGAGGGUCUGAGGAAGUGGGUGGUCGAGAAGGUGGACGUUGUAGGAGAGACCGUCUCCCGAGGCGGAAACCACCCGGUCUCUUUCCAAGAUGGCGGUGACGUCGGCUCCCGGAGAAUGGCGCACCGAGUCUUUGAGGUCAGAGGUCAAGCCGUGUCGGAACAAGCCAACUUAGGCCUACACCUCCAGAACGUUCCGCCGAGAUUCAAGUCGCACGAUCUUGUGAACAGCGACGUGAUGACGUCAUUUGAUCUCAGCGCGCCGAAGCCUCUUUUUCGAAAACUUGACGCGCUCUCGUCGCUUCUUUCGGAGACAAAUGCAGUACUCUCGAAGAAACUGAAGAAAGUCAAGGACGUCGUACUUCGCCGAUUGUCGUCUGCUGUGCCUACGCCCCACGUUGAGUCUGCUGCACCGAAAUACGAAACUAGAAAUAGAAAUAGCCAAGGAGUAGACGUGCGGAUUUCCCCGCGUGUGGACGAGCUUGUGCGGGCGUUGACCCAUGGUGUGGCCUACAGCCGGCUGGUCAGUGCAGGCGGUCACUGGAUGUCGGGCCGUCUGGGCGGGUUUGUGGACUGUGAGCUGUGCAAGCUCGGGCUGACCCUAGUACAGACCCUGGUGGGCAGGAACGCCUCGGAGGAAGAGGUCGUCUCCUUGGCAACGGGAGUGUGUAAGAAUUUACACAUCGAGACGGACAGGGUGUGCCAGGGGCUCAUGCGGGAGUUUGCCCCCGAGGUCAUAUUCGUCCUGCGACGGUUGGUCCUGUCUCCGUCAGAGAUCUGUGGCCUGGUCCUGGGCCCCUCGUGUGGCGAACCCUACGACCCCUGGGACGGCUGGAAUGUGACGCUACCCUCUGUGCCACAACCGCCGCCUGUCUACCCCAGCCCGCCCAAGAAAGGAUCCCCGACCUUCAAGUUCCUCCACUUGACCGACGUCCACUUUGACGCGGCCUACAAGCCUGGCAGUAACGCCCAGUGUGGGGAGCCUCUGUGUUGUCGGGCCGAUAGCGGGCCUGUCACCAACAAGUCUGACGGUGCCUGGAAGUUUGGGGACUACCGUCGCUGUGACACGCCCCUCUGGACCCUGGAGAACCUCUUCUCUACCCUGGCCGCUCAGAAGGAUCAGUAUGCGUACGUCAUCUGGACGGGUGACCUGCCGGCCCACGACGUCUGGGAGCAGCCACGGGAAGCUCAGCUGUCCUCGCUGCGUACCGUGGUGGCGCUGCUGCGCAAGUAUCUCCCUGACACGCCCAUCUACCCAAGUCUGGGGAACCACGAGAGCUCUCCCGUUAACAGGUGGAUGUUGCUGAACAUGACAGACCCCGCCGGAGAGCUCCAGUGGUUGGUGAACACACUACAGGCGGCCGAGAAUGUUGGGGAGAAGGUUCACAUCCUGGGUCACAUCCCGCCGGGCAUCGUGGACUGUGUGAAGGCCUGGAGUUGGAACUACUACAAGAUCGUCAGUCGCAAGUCCUGGAUCACAGCACCUACAUUCUGGACCUGGAGAAAGCUGAACGUGAGGGGAACAUCACCUGGGAGCUGGAGUACUCCGCCAAGGCCGCCUAUAACAUGAGCAGUGUCUACCCCAAAGACUGGGACCAGCUGAUUGAGGUGAUGAAGAGAAAUACCACAAUGUUACAGCUGUAUAAUAAAUUUUACAGGAAGUCACGCGAUUCUGGGGCGUGCGAUCCCACCUGCCGGACGGCGCGUCUGUGCGAGGCCCGCAGCGGCCGGUCACAUGACCCAAACCUGUGCCGAGACCUUGAGGUGACGGACGAGAAGAGUUACGCCGAGGUCAUGAUGAGUCAGCCCAAGUAUUGCUGAGUCGGCACUUGUGGAGGUUUUUUUUGUGUGUGUGACAAAAUGAUAUAUGAUGCGCUGGCACGAUCAGUGGAAAGACCCUCGGCGACAUUUUGGAGAGAGAGAGCAACAGAGCAUCGAUGGACAUGUCCCGGAAUGCAAGGAUGUUGCUUCCUGAAACAAAGAAACUAUAUGAGUGAGUGGAGAGUGGGGUGUGAGGAUGAAUGAGCUGUGACAGUACAGGGUUUCCAAUAUGUUAUCGCGACCUCAGUGCUUUCUGGUCGUAUCUCCCUUUUUUUUAUCAAGAGUGAAAAUGUGACUUCUUCUUAAGCU